AUGGAAUUCAAACUGUAUCGCCAAAAGAGAAGUACCAUCAAGAACACAUUAGAUAGGAUUAAUGAAGAUGACAUCGACCUUGAGAAAUUAGAAAACUAUGUCCUCCUUGGCCAAUAUGAAAGCACAGAUAAUCUACAACAACCAGUCACAAGCUUCACUAUUGAGGAAAAAAUAUAGAUCCUCAUCAAGAAAUUAGGGCUAAGUUUCUUGAAAAAUACAAAAGUAAAGAGAUCUCUGAUACAACUCGGAAGCAGGUCAAAAAGCCCUCCUUCGAAAUGAGCGAGAAUGAUAUGAAAGACCAUAAUAUCUUUAAGCCUCAAAGAUUCUUGAAAAUGAUCACACCAGAUGGAAAAGAAUAUUACCCAGAUUCCACUCUGAUGCUCUAGACUUACUAUCAACUUAUGAUUUCUUGACUAGAGAACUUUCCGGGAUGCGGUUCAAGAGUCUCCAAAGAUUUGAGAUCCCUCAAGGCUUAGACACACCUGAGAUAUCAACUGAUUUCCUUUACAGCCUCUUUUCAUACUUCAAAAUAGAAGACGAUAUGAAUAUCGUAAUGCCUUAUUUCUCCUUCAAUGAUUUCCUUAAGGCUGUCUUAGUCCCUCAAGCUGUAGAGGAAAAUAUAGCAGAACAGAUAAUUCUCAGACUUUGAAAAUACAUAGAAAAGUUUAAUUUCAGUUGCUCGAUGCCUUGAGCUCUCAAGAGUAUGAAGACCAUGAAUAGAUGGAAGAUUUUAGGAUACAAGAAUCCUGAAUAUGAUCCUUUCUCUUACAUAAACUCUCAAACUCUCACAUUUGCCCUUUACAUCAACCUCAGAGAUAGGAGGAAGAAGAAAGGAAGAGUAUCCAGGACUGAAAUGAUCAACAAAGAAUGGUUGAUCCCUCUAUUAGACAAAAUGAUUUGUGACCCAGACUUCUCUCUGGUUAACAUGGAUAAAUAUUCAGAAUCCCCCGGCAAGACUCAUAUGCUUGCUAGAAUAAUAUGAGCCCUGACUGAAAAACUCAGAUAUCUGACAAAUCUGAAGAAUGAAAAAUAGGAUGAUGAAUUCUUACUUCAGCUCAAAGAAAAGAGACCAAAAGGCUAUAGCAAAAUCUAGUUCGAUUGAAUUCCUGAAGCAAGAGAUUUACAAUAAGCUUAAGCCAAAGUUUGAAUAUCAAGAAAAGGACUCUUUCUUUGGAAAUAUGAACUACAAGAUAUUCACGUAUGCAUUUGAGAGUCUCUGAAAACCACCUAAGAUUUCAGAAAAGCCAGGCCCUGAAGAAGCGAAAACAUUAAAAUAAGAAAGGCAGACGGCCAAACUUUGAAAAGCUACAAAACAGCGCUGAAAAGGAAGCGUUCAUAAUGCAAAAAUUUGAUGAGCAAUGUCAUCAGAGCUACAAGAUCUCACAUGAUAAGAUAUUCACGUACUAUAACUUCAGCUUUGACUUGGACUACAUAUACGCUCUGAACGAGCACGACCAGAAAUUGUACAGAAUAUUGCCAGCCCAGUGUCGAAAUGACUGAAAAGUCCCUCAGAGCUUGGCUAAAGCCAUUCUUAAGGAAAUUUUAGCCAAAUUUGGAGCAGAGAUGAAGAAUGAGGAAGAGUGUCUCCAAGAGAUACAUGUACCUGAGAUGGAGAAAUGUGACUGGGAAGGCAAGAGAAGGGAUCUAGAGGGAUAUAUUGGGAGAUUACUGAUGCUGUUGACUUCUGUGCUAGGAAUUAGAGGGUAUUUAGUACACUUUGAGAGAGUAAAAGAUAUGGUGGAAAAGAGGAAUUCUGAGUGUUUAGGAGAGAAAUUUAUUUACUUUGUAGUUUCGCAGAUCUGAGUUUUGUUGAUUAAUCAAAUAAAUGGGACAUUGAGGAGAAAAAUCUUGGAGAUACAUCCAGAAAUGGAAGGAGAUUUAGUUUGCUGGAAUUCAUAUGAAUGCCCAGUUGAUUUUGACAGAGUAAGAAGGAUCAUCUAUGAAGUUUCAUAUUUCAAUGCAAACUAUCUCAAAGAUGAAGAAAAGCCUGUAUGUCCUGAUAUCAUUAACUGAAUCGCAACUGGAGACCAAUCAGAUUACUUAAAAACUGUUGAAAACUUCAUGCUGGAAUCAGCAGAAGGUAGCUCAAGCAGAGCAAUUCCUCUGGUUGGAGACGAGUCAAUCAUCAGCAUUUGGUGUCAAGCAUAUAUCCUAUCAAUCAUUUAUGAAUGAGUUCAAUUCUAG